UACCCCCCCACCACCUCCACCGCCGCCACUUGUUUAUUUAUUUGUUGAUGAUCGCCUUUAAUGAAGCUGUUCUUAAAUGUGCUCGUGACGCUGAUCCGCUGCUUUUUCUGUUGUUGUUGUCGCGCGAGCGGAUGAAUGUAGCCUCCAUGCAAAGAGGAGAGAGGAGAAGGAGCGCGUGCAAGCUAGAGACCAAAUACAAUAGAUCAAACCAAAUACUACCAGAGAAAUCCAAAUAAGACUUUAUAACUUCUGCUGGCCUUCUUUUUUUUUUUUAAAGAAAAAAGAAGAAGAAGAAAACACACACAGCCUUGUCUGUUUCUAUGUAUCAUCAUUUCUUGGUGGUGUUUUAAAUUGCAAAGCGAAUACCAAAGCUAAGCCCGGGCCAGUGAUGCUACAGGAGUAGGCUAGCGACUGUUCUCAUGCCUUUUUCACACCUAUAGGAAACAUUACUGCUGAGAGAGGAUUAAAAAAAAAAAAAAAAAAAAAAAAAGCUCCCCGGGGCCUCUAUGUUUACUCAAGGAGAACGCUUUAGCAGUGCAAAGGUAACAGAGACGCAGGUGCAUCAGCGGCAGACAGGUGACACACAGCCUUUUAUUCUAAAACUACUACAAUAGGCCUGUAAUUGUAACACAACUUUUUCCUGUAGCAGUGUAGAAGUGAGGUCUGCUCUCCUGUCUAUCCGUCUGUGUGUUCAGUCUGGACUGUAAGCUGUACUGCUGCACUCAAGGGACCAUCCUUACAUAUAUGUUCUAUGCACAUUUACACCAAAACUAAUGCCGGCAACCAGUCGACAUCCACACAUGUAAAUAAAAGUGCGCAGCUGGGCUACAUGUGUACACACCUAACGGCGAAUGUUGUGAGCUCUCCAUACCAAAUAAUUCCCCAAAGCUGUCUACCAGAGAAACGGACGAAGACACAGAAGCUUCAGAAGAGGACAGAGCUUAUUACAGUACUUCUGUCACAUUAUUUGCAUCAAAACAAGAAGCCGGAGGAAGAUCAUGUUUGUUCCCUUGCCGGUGCCGUUCGUGUUUCAGAGAACUGCCCCUGACCUCAACGCCUGGCGUCUCAAGUCCCCUCUGGCUCUCCGCUCCAACUCCGAUAUCAGGAUGUCAAAGCCAGUAGAGGUGGAGAAAGUAGGGGCUGAUUCACCAUUGGAGGGCACAGAUUCAGAGCGGAAUGGACCUGAAUCAAAUCACCAGGCUCAGUCAAUGAAAGUCAAUCCCUUUCCUCUUUCACCAACCCUGAGCAGCAGCAAGAAUAAGAUGGAGGAGUGUGGUGAGAUGUCCCCGGGCCUUCCUCUCUCUCAUGGCCCGACCCCCUCACAGACGGCCCUGCAACAUACACAGCUCAUGCUGACCGGCUCCCAACUAGCAGGGUUGACAGCUCUGUUGCCGGCACAGCAGCAGUUGUUGCUGCAGCAGGCUCAGGCGCAGCUCCUGGCUGCAGCUGUGCAGCAGUCCAGUGCAGCCCACGCUGCUCAUGCUGCCCACGCAGCCGCCCAAGCCAAUCAGCAAGCUCAGGCAGCCGCAGCAGCAAAUCAGCAAGCCCAGCAGCAGCAGCAGCAACAGCAGCAGCAGCAGCAGGUGGGACAAACAGGGCAGCAGGCCCAGUCGCAGUCCCAGGGACAGGGACAGAGCACACAGGAACAGACUGCCCAAAGUGUCCCUGUCCCACCACCCCAGCUCACCCUCUCCCAGCCAAUCCAGCUCACCGCCCAGGAUAUCCAGCAGUUGCUGCAGCUUCAGCAGCUGGUGUUGGUGCCCGGCCACUCGCUCCCUUCUCCUGCCCAGUUCCUCCUCCCACAGGCGCAGCAGGGCCAGCAAGGACUCCUAUCGACACCAAAUCUUAUUUCGCUACCUCAGCAAAACCAAGGGAGCCUGCUGUCUGCUCCAACUAGAAUGGGACUCCAAGCACAGCGUGAUAAGAGUGUGGAGGUGAGCGGCGGUGCAGGAAUGACCACGGUGCCGUCAGUGACCUCUCACCCCGAGGAGCCCAGUGACCUGGAGGAGCUGGAACAGUUCGCCCGCACUUUCAAACAGAGACGCAUCAAACUGGGCUUCACACAGGGAGAUGUUGGUUUGGCCAUGGGGAAGCUGUAUGGCAAUGACUUCAGUCAGACCACAAUCUCCCGCUUUGAAGCCCUCAACCUGAGCUUUAAGAACAUGUGCAAGCUGAAGCCACUGCUGGAGAAGUGGCUUAAUGAUGCAGAGACCAUGUCCAUUGACAGCACCCUGCCCAGCCCCAGCUCCAUGUCCUCUCCCAAUAUGGGUUUCGACGGGCUUCCUGGACGCCGUAGAAAGAAGAGAACCAGCAUCGAGACGAAUGUACGUGUGGCCCUGGAACGCGCAUUCAUGACGAACCAGAAGCCUACCUCAGAAGAGAUCCUGCUGAUCGCCGAGCAGCUCAACAUGGAGAAAGAGGUGAUCCGGGUCUGGUUCUGCAACCGCCGGCAGAAAGAGAAACGCAUCAACCCCAGCAGUGCCACCCCUCCCCUGCCCAGCCAGCCCCCCACUGCCCCACAGACGCACAAACCGCCCUGCUAUAGCCCUCACAUGAUGUCCAGCCAGCUGUCGCAGGCCGUGACCAGUCUCAGCAGCACAACAGUGACCACCAUGUCCCCCAUCUGCCCCCUGACUUCCAGCCUCACCUCCACCCACCCUUCCCUCAGCUCCGCACCCUCCCCGGUGACUCCUCCUCCUCCUCCCCGCAGCACGGCCAGCCCAGCCACUCCCAGCCACAGCACACUCAACCUUAACACAGGCUUAUGGCGUAUGGGUAAAAAGAACGGUGACGUGUCUAACUACAUCACCGAUUUUGCUGCAAACUUGAGGAACACUGUGAUGGGAGUUAACACAGGGAUGAGCCAAGCCCUCCUCGGUAACAAUCCCCUGGCCACUAUCCAAGCCCUAGCAGCCAGUGGUGGCCAGCUGCCUCUUUCCAGUCUUGAGGGGGGCAGUAAGGUGAUGCUGGGGGCCUCCGGGGGUCAGGGAGGGGGCCUCCCUUCCUCACUCUUCCUGAACCACCCUGCCCUCCUCCACUUGGGCCAGAACCCCGGGGCUGGACUCAUCAGCGCCGCCGUAGCCAAAGCCUCCCAGCCCUCCCCUUUCCCCUCGGCCAGCAGCAUCAGCCCGACCCCUUGCUCCCCUUCCCCUUGCUCCAGUCCCGCCUCUUCCUGCUCCUCCAGCGAAAUGGCACACAGCCCGACCUCUCUGGGCGGAGCCAAGAUUGAGUGACCACGCCAAAGGGCCAAUCAGAGAGGAGGAGGAAGAAGGAAAAGAGAACCUCGCCUUUCACACCAAAGCUAUCUCUUUCUCUCUCUUGUGCUCUUCUUCCGUUAUUUUUCUCGCAAUGGCUCUCUCUCUCUUUCUCUCCCAGUCUUUCGAUGCCAAAAAUACACAGAAUGAAAGAGGAGAGAGGGAGGGAAAGAGGUGAAAGAGGGGAGAAGGGGGGAAAAGGGAAGAUUGAAACCAAAAAUCUUUAUCUAUCCAAACAGAUGGGGAGGAGGCAACGUGGGACCUUUUUGUCAAUAACACGUAAUAUCGACAUGGCGCCUCUCCACUCUUUCUCUCUAAAGGAAAACAAACCAAUGACUCUUUAAUGAAGAGAUGCAAGAGACAGCAGAGAUGCAUGUCGGAGCGCAUAAACCAAAAAUGACAACAGAUAACUUUACUAUGUGACAAAGGAAUGGCGGCAAGGACAAAAAAAUGGAGAGGAGGACUGUGCUUAAGUUUUCCUUUUUUUAAUUAUUAUUUCGAAAAAGCUGCGGGUCUGAAGGAAAAGGAGUAGGGAGGAUAAGUUUAAACCAAAAAUUUACCUGAGGAGGAAGAGGAGGAGAAAUACACAAUGACAAAAAAAAGAAAAGAAAAAAAAAAAAACGACAACCAUACCAAAAUCCCAAAUACCAAAAACCAAAAAUACGGAGAGAAAAGCUUUAUUCAAAGGACGUGUAAAUACUGAAGCUAUCCAGGACCAGGACUCUACUGCUACUGCUACUCACUCUCACACACACACACACACACACACACACACACACACAUCAAGAGCCAGAUUGUCAUGCCAUCGACUCAUCCUGUCUGUGUCAGCUCAUGUGUCUCUACUUAGGUUGUCACGCUAGAUAUUUUUUGGAUAAUUUUGUAAAAGAUUGUUACUGAACGAGUCAAGAGCUCAUGUAUGAACGAUUGCCAGUUCUGCUGUAUCCUCAUGUGUUAGUCUCUUUACCUACCUCUGGUUCUAAGAGCAUAGGAUAGCUUUCCUCUUUCCUUUUUUAUUAUUUCAGAGGCUUGUUAUUCAGUAUCUAUUUUUUACACUUUGAGAAGUACAGUUGUUUUUUUGUUUUUUUCAAUUAUUUAUUAGUGUCAUUUUACAAUCUAGCUCCUAUUUAUUGUCGCAGCCUAGUGUUAGUGUUUAGCGUUUGGGAUUUGAAUCAUCAUCAUCAGUGUCAUCAUCAUUGUCUUCAUCGUAUGCAUCUGUGUUGUCAACGUGCAUUUUUUUUUUUGUGUGUUUGUUUUUAAUGUGACUAUUCUGCAGGAACAGAGACGACGAAAGGUGAAAAGAUGCUUGUUUAAGUCUUCACCAAGUGCCAUAGAUCCAAAACAGAGGGUUGGCACACUGCGAGUUGAUUUCAAGGUGUGAAUGAAUUUAUUAAGACCUAAACAUGUGACUUUUUGUGCUCUUAAUCAGACCACUCUUUUCCUCACUCUUUAAGAUAACCCAUUAUCAGUGACUCCAUGGCUAAAUGAACAUGCCCUGGGAACUUCACACAUUGUAAAUGACGUUUGUUAAGAGUGGUGACCAUUUUGAAAGUAUGAAAUAGGGCUGUGAUUGAAGAUUUAAAGUAAUAACUGUUGAGACUGAAGGCUAAAUAAGUCAAUAAAGCCAAGUUUAGUCACA